UGCGAUGUUUGCAUAUCUAACAUCAGAUUCAGCGUGUUUUAUUUUCGGUUGAAGCCAGAGCGUUACAUGGGCUUUCUGUCUUGUUAUUUACCAUGGGCGUUGCGGGGCACGUGGCUAGAACCACCUUCCUCCUCCUCCACCGUCCUUCUAUACACCAACUAAUCCAAUCAUUACCAUCUGUAUUCCAAUGUUCUCUCUUCUUCAUGGCCCAUCCCACUGGCCCCUCAUUAUUAGCAUACGCCCGCUAUCACGGCAUAGCAACCAGUUAUGCAGAUGUUGAUCUUCUCCAGCUUGUGCAGGAAAGCUGCGUGGCAGUCCCCGAUGCCCCGUUAAACCAUUUAACUUACACCCGCGACCGGAUUGACCAAGUCAAGGCAUCCCUCGAACAGGAGCUUCUCCACGAGAAGCUUAAUCUCAAGAAAGAAAGUGCAAUUCUCCUCGCCUCCGCUCUUCGCAAACUCGAACCGGCCGACAUUGAAGCCCACUGGGAGGGUAUCCUGCCGUCAUGGGAUCGUUUCGACAAGUUCAAGGUGGAGCCGCCAAUAUUUACCCACGAGCAGGAGAAAGAGCUCCCCCCUUCAGCCGAUUCUGCUUGUUACACUCACGAUGAGUGUCAUUUAAGUCCAUUGGAGGACAACAUAAGCGAGCGCGACGUGGUUCUAGCGAGGGGCUUGAUUAAUGGCAUUGAGAUAUGCGACGAGAGCAUCCGAGACGAGAGGUUGGAUUGUACAAAGGAGGCGUUGCUAUUGAUACAAGAGUCCAGAAAACUUGGUGGUGGUAGUCACCUUGAAGUUCUCGAGGGCUUGCUGCAUGCUGAACUGGGCUUAAAGGAGGUCAGGCUCUCCUGUUCUUUGUGGUCGUGCGUUGACUUUGAUAGGUACCAGUUUCGCGGCCGGAUUCUCCUUGUCUUCGUCCUGCAGAUGAUGAGGCUUUCAGUGAUGACGAGUGCCCGUCCCCGGUGCUGGACGAGGUGCAGCUUGACUCUAGCAUACCUGCAGAACAUGGUGACGGGCUUUUGGGAGAUCCAUGUUUUGUGGCGGAGAAGAUCGCUUGUGAUCUGAUAUCUGAUCGGCUGGAUGCUAUCUCAUGCAAAGAGUCUAUUAGAUCGGGUUCUUCAGAGAUACACAACUCGCAGUUGAAUGGCAAUGAGUUUGAGCAACU